AAAGACGGUUCUCAUCAAUAACGAGGUCUCGAUUUUCGAAGCGAUAUUUUCACUGGAUACAUUUGUAAACUCGUGUGCCGAAUGUAAAUACGAAGAAGAGAACUCGAUGAAGUUUUUUUUUAAUAAUUCAUUACUCGUGACAUCGUGAUGUGAUGGUAGAACGCAAAUGAAAUACAGCCACUCAUGGAAAGCAGCCUUGAGACGUGAUUGUAGAAACGGCAGGCAAUGAUUUCUUUUUGCAUAUUCUUGAGAAUAUUUACAUUAGAUAUACAUACAAGUGUACGCUUGGUUAAGAGAUAUAGAACAAAAUAUAGUUUAGCAAUUACGAUAAUCACACGUCUGUCCCACUCUUUGCUUUUUUCUAACUGUGACGUCGCUCCGGAUUAAUUCCAUUUAUAUAAGUCAUCAUAUUUAUACAUAUCCUUUUUAUACCCACACAUAUACGCGAAAGUUUAAUUGCUACGGUUGAUAUUUAAUUAACCAGACAAAGUUGCAUCAUAUGUGUCUCUAUUCGACUGUUAAUCAAAUUUGAUAUAUUUUAUGGAACCAGAUUUUUGGACCUUGUGAAGUGUCUGAUAUCUUAUUGUUUUAUAUAUAAAGUUGAGUAAGGAAGUGAUGCAGCUGUACUUUGAUUGUCUACAUAAAGUUAUUCUACAAAUCUGACAACUUGCGCAAAUGUUUGUACAUAGAAGCAAUAUUGAUGUCGUCAAAUUUUCUUAUACAAGCUCCUACUAAAUUGCACUUCAGAAAUGCUGAUGGGGAAAAGUUAACCCUGGAAGAGAAAGGAAGCUCAAAUGCUGACAACAUCAUAAAUUUUGUUCUGCAAAGCAAGAAACGUUUCAGUAUCAGCUUGUGCCUAGCAUUUUUCUGUGCAACUCUGAUUUUAUGGAUUAUAUCAGGAACUUCAGUCCUAUUUGUCAUAUCAACAUGUAUUUUAACAUUACAAUAUAAAUUAUUUCUUACAUCUAUCAAGCAAGAUACAUUGCUGGUUGUAGAAUCUAUAGGUGUACAUAUUGAGAGUAAACGGAUAUUUGGCAUUUUUACGUCUACCGAAUUCUUACCAUGGGACACGGUGGAGGACAUAUUUAUCGGUGAGGUCAUAAAAGGGCAAAGGGUGCUUUACUGUCUUACAAUUAUUGUGAGAGAGUCGGUCGGCAGACAGGACUCCAGGAGGUUGGUUCCGCUGUUCCAAGAUCUGCUGCCUCAAAGAAAAUGCCUGGAAUACAUAUACACACGCUUAGCCAACUUAAUUGGGUCAACCAAGAGAAGGAGUCCCUCUUAACCGUGCCCGGCUCUUACUGGCUGUAUUACAAGAAAAAUAUAUACAAAUUUAUCUUUAAAUAUCACCGUACAGCGAAAAACACCGCGCAAUUUUCGUACGGAAGAGAAUUAUUUAAGAUCAUUCGAAGGAUUAUCAAAUGCCAUCCGACGCAGGGUCAGCAAUUUCGCACGCAGCACCUCCUCGUCACUUACAGUUGUACGUCGUGGACACGCCAGGACAAGAUGUUCGCGAUACUGAAGUUCCAGCAACGAAGCAACGCCGCGGCAUAUUCACACGCGUUCGUGUUGACCAUAAAGAUCUGCACGGAGGAGGAGCGAUCGAUAUUCGACUUGAGAUAUCCGAUCGUCAGAGAAGCCAACGCGCUUGCUGCUUUCAACGAUUCGGAUGAUGUCGCGGUUAUUGACGAGAAGGCCACGAAAACUGUGAUACAAGCUGCCGACAAAGAGCCUUCCAGGAAAAGCAGGGUGCAUCUGAGCAAGAGAAUCAAUCAGAUUUUGAAGCAUAGCAAGGACAAGAUAUCGAACGAAACAUCAGCGCCGGUAAAUUCCACACUGCGGAAUGACAUUGUAGAAAAAUCCACCGACGGUCGCGAGAAGUCGAACGGAAGAGUGAAAAAUGCGACAACGUGUAGCGCAACCGAAGUGCUGCUCGUCGAUGAACAUAGCGCGGAACUUGGCGAUGGUGCGAUUAAGUCUACGGAUUGCGACAGCAGAAGACCUAGAGGAAAGGACACGGAGGAAAGUUUCGUUGCUCAGAGGCAGGAUCGGUCGAGGGCGGCGAAGAAGAAGGAUGAGAUUCAAGUUGAGCAGACGGACGUCGGGACAAUGUCGGACGACGUCGACGUCGAAAAACUAUCGAAUAAAAGCGACGAAGACUCAGGGUGGAAAGAACGCGUCAACAACGAAGCCGAUGAGAUUGUCGCUGACACCAGCAAAACACCGCAUCGACCGCAUUUCAUCAAGAAAGACGGGGAUAACGCGAAGCAAGAUCGGGCGAGAUCCACCGCCACGUCUUCGUCGAUUCCCGACAAGUCGGUGCGGGAUUCUCAGCAGGACACGUCAGACGUGAGCGAGAACGUCGUGUUGCAGACGGAAGGUGAGAAGGUCAAAAAAGAAUCCACGCGGGAAGAAGAACGUGACGGGACAGCCAACAAGUCGGCAGACAAGCGGCUGGCCUCGACUCGCGCGGUCGAUGAUCGCGCGCAGGCGACCACUUACAGCAAAUCGCACAGAACGCGCAAGCAAAGGAGCAGCCGGGAGUGCUUCGAGAGGAAAACCGUGGCGGACGACAAGCUGUUGCGCUCCUCCAACAUCACGGAUCUGGUGAUGGAGGGUCUCAUGUUCACCAUCCGGCAGGGUCAAGACAGCGUGGCGGUGAUCGAGCAGAAGACCAAGCUGGAGGUGGACGAGGUGCUGGAGAAUUCCGAGAAGGCCGAGACCGAGGCCGGGGAGAAGUGUCUGCUGAACUCGAGCCUGCUGGGACUGGAGAACCUGGUGACCAUGAUCGACCCGCCGCGCGACAAAGACGAGCAGAUGCAAAAGAUGAUCGGCAACAGCGCGUAUUCGUCGCCGCUCAAUGUCAACGACACCGCGUGUCGUCUCGACGAUAUUGACUAUGUCGAUGAAACGACGAACAAAUCGAGCGUUUCUGAUUACGAGCAGUGCAACAUCGCGGACCGAUUGAGCCCGGAACGUGGAUUCUGUGGGCAGCAACAACGAGCUUGUUCGAACGUCGCGACGAACGACGACAGCUGCCCGACGGACAGAGACGCGAUGGGGAAGAAAGAACGAUCGAUGGAAUGGGAGGAUGACGGUGAACGGAAUGAGGAAUGCGCGCAACAAAGUUACGUCGAAAUAAUCAACGAGGAAAAGAGAGAAGAAAUCGACGAAGUGAUAUUGGAGGGCGAAGAGAUUAUCGUUCCCGAGGUAUUUCCUUUGACGACACAUUCACCCGAGAAGGCCGACGCAGGCCCGCCAAGUCCAGGGUUUUCGACGGACGAAAUGGAUGUCGAAGAGGUCGACAAAUGGGACACAUCCAUGAAAGACCAGGACGAAGGUUCAGCGCCACCGUUUCGCCUUUCUUCGUCCAACAAGGUGCCUAUAAGCGAAAUCUCGACGACCUCUGAGAAGAGAUCCAGCUCGGAUAAGCGAGAGGUGAAUGUCCCGAGGGUGAUCUCGAACAAGACGAUCACCGUCGACCAAAUGCCACUGGCGCUACAGAAGAUGCUGCGACACACACGCAGGUUCCCGCCGGCGACUGCCGCCAGCAGGACUCCACCUGCGCCCAACAACCAGAGGAAGACGCAGAGCGCGACAUCUGCGGAGGAUGUGAUUUCCGAGACGAGCUCUUGGUCGGAUUCCACGCCGAUUCCACGUGAUAUCCGUUGGCAGCAGCAGCAAGCUCAUUCGGAUAUCGCGACCAGCAACAGCUACUCGACGAACGAAGACGCGAUAGAGAAUAGGGAGCAAUCAAUGGAGUGGGAAAAUAAUGAUGGUGAGCGAGAUGAAGAAUGCAUGCAGCAAAGCGCCUCAUCGAUGGGAAAUCGCGACGUGCGUCUCGAUACCGCGAGCGAGUCUGUCAUCGAGGUCGUGGAUGAUCUUGAGAAAACGAGGAACGAAGCCGAGGACGAGUCGCGCAUGAUGAUCGAUCUCGAGAACGACGCGGAGGCCAGCAACGACGAUGUGAGACACACGGUAGGGAAGAACAGGAACGAGACUCGGCGUACCUCGCAAACCACCCUGUCCGAGGCGCGAUACGACUCGCCGAGGAUGCUUCAGGACAUCACGGAGGACUUCUACCAUGAUUUGCACACGUACAAGAGCAACGCGAUUCAGCAACGGUGCCUCCGGCAACGGCGCAGAUCCAUGAACAGUCCGGAGGACGUUAAGAACGGCAAAAUGCGCAUUGAGAUGUUCAAGUUCAUUCAGGACAUGACGGAAGGCGCCAAGGUGGUGUUGAGGCGGUUGAAUAUGGAUAACAAGGUCUAGUUCUUCAUAGAGAGGAAAAUAGAAGAGGAUUUACCUCAAACGACCUGAACGUACGCGACACUGAAAGUGACCUUUAAGGUGACUUUCGCCAGACUGAGGUCGAACUGAUCGAUGAAUGAUAAUAAGAAUUGCCGACGACUCCAGUUUUGUAACUUGUCAUUCAACAAUAUGAAUACGACAAGUUAGUAUCUGUCUGCGUUAGAGCAAGAUGAAACAGCGUCCUUAUCUUGAAACUUUUAACCGCGCGUUAUACAGAUUUUCGCGCGAACAAAAUGUAUUACGAAAUAACUGCGCAGCGAUACGUUAACAACAACGAAAUUGUCGUUACGAGUUACCGAAUAAGGGUGCAGGUAAUACUUGACUGAUACGGCAAUUUUCAAUCGUCGAUCAGAUCCAUCAGAAUUUGGUGGGAGUCACCCUAAAAGACCCUGAAUACCCGCCUGAAGCCGGAGGACUCUAGCGUGCGAAUGGCUCGUCAUCCGCCCCGCUUCCAUACUUUGCUGUAUACUCUCGUGGACUCUCCGUACGACGACGUCCUGAAAUACGAACGAACUGAGCGAGGGAUCUUGGAAUUUUUUUUUUCUACACACUACCUCUCGCUCUUUUUUAAGUUUAUUUUUUAUUUUUUUUACUUUUAAUCGGAAAACGCGCGUUGCGCUGCACCGUCGGAAGUCACCGACGUUUCAGCAACUUUCGUGCUUGGACGGGAAUAGAACUCGACCUUGUUUUGCUCCUUUUUCUUUUAUACGAAACACCUUUCGUACGACUGACGGACGGGUGUACGAGUUGUAGAGAAUCUUCCAUAGUGAGCAACUCGCGUUGCCCCUCGCCGUGCACAUUUCAGCACCCGACGGGAGAGUUUUCUCUCGCCGAAGACUCCAGCCGGCGACUAGAUGGGCUGUCGUGACGUGGUUUUGUUAUGUAUUUUAUCAUGUAAACUGUUUAACUUGUAGGUAAACUUGUAGGUAACUGUUUAGCGGACAAUAUUUUAGCGUAGUCAGCAGUAACGGUUAAGAUUAUAAUGUAAAACAAUGUAUACACUGUUGUAAUAUAUGAACCUCACGGGGAAGGGGGAUAACUUA